ACCCCGUACACUAGCACUAUCCUACGCACAUUGGGGACAAUUUAACAAUUUUGCGGAGGCCGAUUAAUCUACAACCCUGAACGUCUUUGAAAUGUUGGAGGAAACCGGAGCACCCGGAGUAAAAACCCACGCAGGUCAAGUGGAGAACGUACAAACUCCACACAGACAGCACCCGUAGUCAGGAUCGAGCCCGGGUCUCUGGCGGUGAGGCAGCAACUGUACCGCUGCGCCACUGUGCCGCGCAGAAUUAUAUAAUGGUUUCCUCCACCAUAAACGCACCCAAUAUGUGCUAGUAAUGUCCUGUUUGCCAGCUUGUUGACCCUCUGUGUUCCCCUCCUGCAGGGUUUAGGAGCCGUUGCUGUGGACGGAGAGAGACGGGGACGUGAGCGGCCAUUGAGGGCGGCCAGGGUGCCGGUGAGCCCCCCCCCCCCCCCCAUCUGCUCGGUGUGCGGGCUGAGCUUCGAGGGGCUGAGCUUCGAUGGAGGACCACAUGAUGGGGCACAACAAGGAGAAGCGUUAUGAGUGCGACGUGUGUGGCAAGGCCUGGCAGUGCCCGAGCCAGCUGGAGAUCCACCGGCGGGUGCACACGGGAGAACGCCCCUUCAACUGCACGGAGUGCGGCAAGAGCUUCACCAGCUACCAGUAUCCUGCUGCGACACAACCGCGUGCACUCCAGCGAGAGGCCCUUCACCUGCUCCGACUGUGGCAAGAGCUUCAAGUUGGUGGAUGCGCUGAAGAUCCACCGGCAGGUGCACACGGGAGAGAAGCCCUAUGGCUGCUCCACUUGCAGCAAAAGCUUUGCCCAGUUGUCGGGGCUACGGCAGCACCGGCGGGUGCACAGCAGUGAGCGGCCCUUCACCUGCUCCGACUGCGGCAAAGGCUACAAGUCGUCGCCGGACCUGAAGAGGCACAGGCGCCUACACACCGGCGAGCGGCCCUACACCUGCGCCCAGUGUGGCAAGGGCUUCACCCACUCCAGCACCCUGUUGAAGCACCAGCGCACCCACACUGGCGAGCGCCCCUACACCUGCACCCAGUGCGGCAAGGGCUUCACCUGCUCCGCCACGCUGCUGUCCCACCAGCGCACCCACACCGGCGAGCGCCCCUACACCUGCGCCCAGUGUGGCAAGGGCUUCAUCUGCUCCAGCAACCUGCUGGUGCACCAGCGCACCCACAGCGGGGAGCGCCCCUACACCUGCGCCCAGUGCAGCAAGGGCUUCGUCUGCUCCAGCAGCCUGCUGCAGCACCAGCGCACCCACACUGCGGAGCGGCCAUACACCUGCGCCCAGUGCGGCAAGCGCUUCACCCGCUCCGGCAGCCUGAUGAUGCACCAGCGCACCCACACCGGGAGCGGCCCUACACCUGCGCCCAGUGCGGCAAGGGCUUCACCCAGUCCAGCAGCCUGCUGAUGCACCAGCGCACCCACACUGGCGAGCGCCCCUACACCUGCACCCAGUGCGGCAAGGGCUUCACCCGCUCCUCCUAUCUUAUAUCCCACCAGCGGGUGCACGCCGGCGACCGUGCCGUAAAAAGCACGGUGUGUGGAGAGCGCUUUUCCAGGGCCUCCCACGCCCUGUCUCACCAGCGCGUGCACACCAGUGGCCAGCCCUACGAUUGCCCGUACUGUGGUGAGCAGUUUGACAGCUCGCGGGGGUUGCGGCAGCACCGGCGGACCCAUGUCGGCGAGCAGCUGCUCUCACUGUGACGAGAGCAUGGGGGCUACGGGAGCACCAACGGCUACACACCGGAGAGAGACCCAUUGUGCACGCUGAGUGUGGCAAGGGUUUCACCCGCAUGUCCUGCUUACCUACAGCGGUGAGCGUCCUUUCCCCUGUCCGUCCUGUGGUAAGGGCUUCACCCGCCUUGACCACCUGCUGUAGCACAUGCGAGACCACACCGGCCUGCACACCUUUACCUGCCCGCUCUGUGGCAAGGCCUUUGUCCGCUCCUCCAGCCUGCUGGCAUACCGCCACGUAGAUAGGAAGGAAUAGUAACAUUUCGGGUCGAGACCCUCUUCAGCCUCGACCAGAAAGGUCACCCAUUCCUUCUCUCCAGAGAUGCUGCCUGUCCCACUGAGUUACUCCAGCAUUUUAUGUCCUUUUUUGUAAACCAGCAUCUGCAGUUCCUUGUUUUUAAACCAUUGUGGUUAACCAUCUCUGCACCUUCCCCAAAGUCCCCACAUCAGUCCUGUAAUGGAGUGACCAGAACUGUAUGCAACAUGUCCCAGCUGCACUAGUCCAACCUGCCUGUGUUUGGUCCAUAUCCUUCCAAACUUGCCCUAUCGAUGUACGUGCUGAACUGUUUCUUAAACAUUGGGAUAAUCCCAGCCUCAACUACCUCUUCUGACAGGUAGUUCCAUACACCGUCUGUGUGAAAAACAUACCCUCAGAUUCCUAUUAAAUUUUUUUCCCCUUCACCGUGAACCCAUGUCCUCUGGUCCUCGAUUCCCCCACUCUGGGCAAGAGAUCCUGUGCAUCUAACUAAAUUGUGUUCCAUACAAGAUUCCAGCAUCUGCAGUUUCUUGUGCCUCCCUCACUAUCCACCUAUCACUUCUGAAGAAGGGUCUCAACCUGAAACAUCACCCAUUAUUUCUCUCUAGAGAUGCUGCCUGUCCUGCUGAGUUACUCCAGCAUUUUGUGUCCACCUAUCACUUGUCUAGCUUUGUCCAGCCCCCAUCAUCUUUUCCAGCUUCCUCCCCCCACCCUCUCCACUCAGUCUGAAGAAGGGUCCAGACUCAAAACGUCGUCUGUCCAUUCCCUCUAAAGCGGUGGAGGAACUCAGUGGGUCAGGCCGCAUCUGUAGAGGGAAGGGAAUCUAAGGCGACCACUCCCACCUCUCCUUUCCAACUUUCUUCACCCCCCACACCAAGCAGUCUGAAGAAGGGUCCUGACCUAGAAUGUUGCCUGUCCAUGCUCUCCAGACGUGCAAGUUACUCCAGGAGAUUGUGUCUCUCUUUCUAAACCAGCAUCUGCUGUUCCUUCUUUACGAAAGUGAAGAGGAAAAAAAUAGUUAAGACCAAAGUUGAACCCUUGAAGACUGAAAAGGGGGAAUUUAAUAUUGGGGGAAACAAGGAAAUGGCAGAUGAGCUGAACAGGUACUUUGGAUCCGUCUUCACUAAGGAGGACACAAACAAUCUUCCAGAUGUACUGGUGGCCAGAGGAUCUAGGGUGACGGAGGAACUGAAGGAAAUCCACAUUAGGCAGAAAAUGGCGGGUAGACUGAUGGGACUGGAGGCUGAUAAGGAAGUGGCUCUAGAAAUCUUGGAUGCAUUGGUGAUAAUUUUCCAAUGUUUUAUAGAUUCAGGAUCAGUUCCUGUGGAUUGGAGGGUAGCUAAUGUUAUGCCACUUUUUAAGAAAGGCGGGAGAGAGAAAACAGGGAAUUAUAGACGUUAGCCCAGGGGUGGGGAAACUUUUCAUGUUGGAAUGCCGCAUUAAGUUAGCUGUAAUCUAAUAAGGCCGCAUCCAUGAAACUUCAAUUAGAUAUAGUUCAAAAUGUACUUUAUUUUGUAAAAAUCUAACUACUAUGUACUAACUUGGAAAAUGAAAAAAAAUGUUAUUUCUGAAGUUACCUACCUUUCAUUGACUUUGUUGUGACUGCUUUUUGUGGGAAAUCAUUUGAAUAUUUGGUUGUAACAUGGAGGUUCGCAGUUUCAGAUGAUCUUCAAGAUGGUUAUCCGUCAUUUGUGACCUUAAGGGCAUCUUGAUUUGGGUUAGAUAGAAGAACGUAGAUUCGUAGCAAUAAGUGGUUGAAAAGCAAGAAAGCAUUUUUCGUGCAUGUUGCGGAAGACGUGGGUAUUCUAUUGCAUUUUUCCAUAUUUCUAUCGGAUCUUUCAGCGUCGAAUAAGGACUUUAAAAUGUCAUCUUCUGAGCUCAAUCAAUUCCAUCUGUAGUUCUAUAGCAGCCUUGGAGACAACAACUGGGUGAGGUUGAAAUGCUAAUUUGAAUGCUAAAAAAUGCUAAUUGUGUUGAAUCUUCUUUUACUCUUUGGUGUUUUAAAUACGUUUGUUUAAAGAUUAAAAUAAAAAUAGUAAAAGACGAACAAAAACAUAUUAAUAAAAAUAAAAGGA